AGCUUUAGAUCGAUUAGAAGUUCUAAAAUUUCGAACAUCAACGUCAAUAUCCUUUGUGUGAAAACUACGUGAAAAGACAACGCUUGCAAGGGGUGUUUUAAACAAAAGUCUUGCUUUGAAGUAAUAUGAGUAAUGUACCCAAUCAAAAUGGAUCAGGUCUAGAGCAGCAGUUUGCUGGUCUGGACUUGGAGAGCGGUCACCAGCCUUCCGGUGGUCGCUACGUGCCUCCACAUCUGCGAAACAAGGCUUUAGCAGCCAGCAAACAGAGCACAGAAUACAGCGGCAGCAGUAGUAGCAGUGGAGGUGGUGGCAGCUCAAGUUACCGGGGGCGCCGAAACGAUGGUUAUUCGAGUACCAGUAACCAAUGUGCCAAUGGUGAUGGCUGGGGAGAUAGUAGAGACUACAGGAGCUCCAGAGACGAUUGGGGACGCAGUGGUGGAAGAAGUUGGAAUGAUCGUGGUGUUGAACCACCUCUGGCCCGAAAUAAUCGCUGGCAAGAACCACCACCAUCACAGAGAACUUACAGAGAAAGUAGAGAUGGAGAUGGACGUGGAAGUGGAGGAGGGGGAGGUAGGUGGAAGGAUAGCCAUGGUUCCAGCACGGAUUGGACCAUCCCAACUUCCCGUGAUGAAAGGCUUGAACGUGAACUGUUCGGCACGGGAAACACAGGCAUUAAUUUCAACAAGUACGAAGACAUUCCCGUGGAGGCGACGGGUGAAGAUGUCCCACCUCACAUCAGCAGUUUUGAAGAGGUGCAGAUGACUGAAAUUAUCCAAAACAACAUUGCCCUUGCACGGUACGACAAGCCAACACCGGUGCAGAAAUAUGCUAUACCUAUAAUUAUGGCGGGAAGAGACCUGAUGGCAUGUGCACAGACAGGUUCUGGGAAGACAGCUGCUUUUAUGGUUCCCAUCCUAAAUCGCAUGUAUGAAUGUGGUCCACAGCAGAUGACUAUGAAUAACAGGUCAAUGUAUCGGCGCAAACAGUACCCAUUGGGACUUGUUUUGGCACCUACACGAGAACUGGCAACUCAGAUAUAUGAUGAAGCUCGAAAGUUUGCAUAUCGUUCAAGGCUUCGCCCAUGUGUAGUGUAUGGAGGUGCAAACGUUAGUGAGCAAGUUAGAGACCUGGAGAAAGAAUGUCAUUUAUUGGUUGCUACGCCUGGGCGCCUUGUAGAUAUGCUCGAAAGAGGAAAAAUAGGACUUGAUAACUGCAGGUUCUUAGUCCUUGAUGAAGCAGAUAGGAUGUUAGAUAUGGGAUUUGAACCGCAGAUACGCCGUAUUGUUGUUGAUAACCAGAUGCCUAAAACUGGAGAUAGGCAGACGCUCAUGUUUUCUGCCACAUUUCCUAAAGAAAUACAGAUGCUUGCCCGGGAUUUUCUGGACAAUUACAUUUUCCUAGCAGUUGGUCGCGUUGGUUCUACAUCUGAAAACAUUACCCAAAAAAUUUAUUGGGUUGCGGAAAAUGACAAGCGCUCAUUCUUGCUAGAUUUACUGAGUGUACCAUCAGCCACAGAUGCUUUAACACUUGUUUUCGUGGAGACUAAAAAAGGUGCAGAUGCUCUGGAGGAAUUCCUAUAUCGUCAGGGUUAUCCUGUAACCUCAAUACAUGGAGAUCGCACACAGCAUGAACGAGAAGAUGCUUUGAGAAGAUUUCGGUCUGGUCAAGCGCCAAUCCUUGUUGCAACUGCAGUUGCUGGAAGAGGUUUGGAUAUUCCUAACGUAAAACAUGUUAUCAACUUUGAUCUUCCAUCUGAUGUAGAAGAGUAUGUCCAUCGCAUUGGUCGCACGGGCCGAAUGGGAAACCUUGGUUUGGCAACAUCCUUCUUUAAUGAAAAGAACAAGAACCUGGUAAGAGAUUUGGUGGAAUUGAUACAGGAGACAAAACAAGAGUUACCAUCUUGGUUACAAUCCUUGGCUAGUGACUCAAGGAUGCCAUCGAGUGGAAGACGUGGUGGUAGUAAUAAACGGUUUGGUAGUGGAGGAUUUGGUGCUCGUGAUUAUCGUCAAACAAGUGGUGGCAAUCGUUCAGGUUCUUCAGGUGGUCGUUCUGGAGGCUACGGCUAUGGAGGAGACAGCCAUUCUGGAGGCUACUACAGCAGUGGCGGUGGUGGUUAUGGAAACACUUACUCAAACAGCAGCAGCAAUGGAGGUGGGGGAGGAGGUAGCAACAACCCAGACUGGUGGAAUUAACGUGAUGCACAGUGUCCCAUCUGCAUUGUCGGUAUUCAAUGUAUUAAGGGUCGGGUUCUCUUUAAGCUUGUCUGGAACCAUGAAGACAUUACAAUAAAAUCCUUUUUAUAAUAUUUCUUUGGCUCUUGUCCUGUUCAGAGAAGAAAAUUCAUAUACAUGUAUCUUUAAAAAAGUAUGAUGUUUGAAAAAUCUAGUUCUGCCCUGUCUGUUUCGUUAUUUUUGAUGUUUUGAUCUUGCUCUUAACUUAACAUCAGAAUAUUUAGUGUCUUUUUUUCCUGCAUUAUCAGUGGAUAGAACUUGUUUUAUAUGUUCCACUGGGACAUAAUAACAAAAAGAAAAAAAUUCAGAAUAGCACAGUUAAAUAGUUUUAUUUCGAUAAUAGUGUCUUUAUUGCUUCAAUGAAAACAAAGAUAGUGGUGUGUUUUAACAGCAGCAGCCCCUACCUGCCAGAAUUCUAUGAGGGUAUGUCAGUAUGGCGAAAUUGAUAAAAUGAGGGAGAAUGUUUUAAUUCCAUCGUGGGUCAUUCUAUUUGAUAUUUCUUUUUAUCAGCAAGAAACAAAUUAAUUUUAAAAAGUAGCAUUUGUCUCGCAUAAGAAGACUCACUAAGAUGAACUGUUGGAAUUCGUGGUGUACUCGUGUACUUCUAAAAGUUUCCAUGGGAACCCAUGAAAUUUUAUUUUUCAUAAGUGAGACCACCUAUAAUAUGAGCUUUAAUAUAUAAAUAUUCCUAAUUAACUACAUAUUUACUUGUGUUAUUUGUGCAAUAUGUGUAGAGUUCGCAGAAGUGACUGAAGUGUGUCUGUUAUAAGGCCAUAGUGAAUCUCUGUGGUAAAGUUCUUGGUUAUUGUACUGUAGUCAGUGGAAUAGAUUUCCAUUACAAGUUUUUGCAAAUCACAACUCAUUUUAAAAAAAAAUUCAACCUUAUUCUUGAUAGAGCUCUCCGCUUGAUGUUCAAUUGUUGUUAGUUCCCAUUGCCUGAAAUCCUGCAGUUUGAUAUCUGUGUCAUAUGUACGUUCACUUGCACAUAAUAACCAAAUGUGGAUUGUUCAAACAAUGUUGUAUGUAGCCUAUAGUAGGCAUCUCAGUUUCCCCCCUGAAUGUGUGGAGUUAAACAUGCUUCUGUGAAAUAAGCGACUUGUAUUGUAGAGCAUGAAUUACACGUGAAUGCAAAUUAUAAUAAAUACUUCUGAUAUUAUCAGAAUUCUGGUAUAGUUAAAUACUUGGAUUUUCACUUUAAACUUCAUUUCAUACGUUUAAGGUUGGUGGCAUGUGAGGACUGGACCGUACUUUCCAGUACUGGGUGCUGUGACUAUUGCAACUUAUUAAAGUUUUGUAAAUGUAGUGGGGGAAAUGCAAACUUGGUUGCAAUGAUGCUUUUGUUGUGUACCACUAAUGAUUGUAACCCAGGAACAUGUUGGUAAAGAGAUUUUUAAAAAAAGAGCUGAACACUUCGGAAAUAUUAUGUGAAACUGUAAAGGCAAAAAGGGGGCUGUUGCACUUCAAUUAAUCUAUAUUAAACUGUGAGCAUUGGUGUUACUCAUUUGUUGCUCAGUGUCAAUGGAAAAAACCUUAAUUCAUUAAUUAGUUGAUGUUAAAAACUUCAGUGUAAAUUGUAAUUUAGUGGAGUGUAUGCAACUUGUCAGGCAUAGUGUUUAGAAAAUUACUAUAGAUAUCUGGCUUAAGAUACUCUUGAUAAUAGCACAAUAUUUUUUUAAAAACUCCUUUGACGAGUAAAAACAUGAAAGUGGACAUAAAAAAUUGCUUUGGGGACAAGUUAGGCAUAUUAAAGGUGGUUUACUUGCUACAGUGUUAAAUUGCCUGUUGAGAAAAUAUUGUUGCCUAUAAUCCAAUUGUGUGUGCGUGUAUAUAUAUCAGCAUGAAUUGUAGUUUCACCGGAAGACAGACUUUAAAUAUGAUUUUGCUGUUGUGCAAACGGAAUUUUGAUCAAACUGUUAAAUGUAAUGUCUGCUCACUUCAGCAGUACAUAUAAAUUUCAAAAUAAUGAAAACAAAUGAAGUACCAUGUGACAAUUUUUAGUUUCCCUGCGAAUGAAUUGCCCUGUUGUGAAACUUUAAAUUUGUCUGAAGGAGUAGUGUUAUCAUUUACAACUUGAUAUGAAUGAUACUUCUCAGAGCUGAAUUUCAAAUAGUGAAAGGUAUCUGUUCUUGAAGUGGUGUGUUUGACCAGGGUGUUCAAUGUACUAAUUAUAUUGAAAUUAAUUAUACAAUUAUUUGAGCAAUUUACUUUUCUGAUAAAGUGUUCUUCACUGAUUGAGCAUGUAAGUAGAUUAUUGAUUGUGUUAGUACCUCUAUUUUAAAACUAUCAUCAGUAAUUCAAUUGAUUGUUCAGAACAGAUAUUGGAGAUUAAUUAAAUGCAUUGUUCUACAAAUAACAUUUGUAAAGGAGCUUCUCGCACUUGCAGUAUUAAUUUUUAACACUGCAUUAUGAGACUUGCUUAGUUUUAGAUACAGUAUUUUUUUAAAGGUAAUAUUUUAUUAGUCUUUUUGUUGACUAGCGACUGUAACAUUUUUAAGCUGGAAGCGUGGUAAAGAGGUUUUAAUUUGUCGCCAUUUUAUCUUGUUUUUAAAGUUCUAACAGUGACUUUUUUCGUUUUCUGUCUCUGUAUAUGUCAUUACUGCUAAAUAAUAAUCAAAAUUUAUGUACUGUAUUUUCUUGUUAAGUUAAUUCAAAAUUCUCAACAUGGGCUAUAGCAGUACCAUAUUGUUACUCUAUAUUUGUAAUGUUUUGCAAAUAAUCUGGUUUCUUAUAACUUUUGUAAAAACAUUCCACGGGCUGUAUUUUAAAUAUGAUUCAGUUGUGAAUGUCUUCAUUAAAUUAAGUUCUGAGCUGUUGGAAAUGUUCUCAGGGCUAUUAAAUUCUGAAUAGUGUUAAAAUAAGUUUUAUUCUGAUAGUGGUGAGCUCCCACAUAGCGUAAAGUCAUUAAGAGGGAUCCUUUUGAUGUAGUAAUACUGUGGUAACAGGCUAAUUCUGGAGAUACUUAUAAGAAGUAUUUUGAAAGGCUCAGUCCUGCUGUCUUGUGAGUUGAUCAUAAAAUGAGAUACAUAGUUCAUGAUGCUUGUUCUUGUUUAUGUCACUACCUGUAGAACAGAUACCUCUCGCAGGAUUAAGUGGUUAUUUUAAUUGGAGUGAUUUUCUGCUAAACUUGUUCCCAAUAUUAGACAUUGCAGACAUCAUUAAAUGUGUAAUGCUGUAUUGUCAACAAUUUGCUGUGUUGCAGUUACAGAGAUAAAUUUAUAAAUAAGUUAUUGUUACUAAGUGACUGUGUCCCAUUUAUUGCUUAGAAACAUUUCUUGGAAACUUAAUAAAAAUUAGAUGCAUACUCCCAUAUUUAUUACUAUUUUCCGAAUGCAUAAUCCCAUCAGAACCAAGAUUUCUCGUUCUUAACAAACACUUGCAGCUUAACUCUUCCAGUACUUUCCUGUAGCACCGUUCGCAUUACUCUUUUGCAAUUAUCACAUGUGUUAUUUAGUUUCCAUACGUUCAGUUGUCCAUUACAUAAAAAUAUUGUAAAUUAUACAAACUGGCAUUGUAAAAUUUCUGAUUGCAUUGAAGUAGGGUUUUUCAUUUCAAAAUUCAUGCACAGUAAAACUAAUUCUUCUUGCGACUUUCUGCUCUUUGCUCCGCGACUUUCUGCUCUUUGCUCCGCGACUUUCUGCUCUUUGCUCCGCGACUUUCUGCUCUUUGCUCCGCGACUUUCUGCUCUUUGCUCCGCGACUUUCUGCUCUUUGCUCCGCGACUUUCUGCUCUUUGCUCCGCGACUUUCUGCUCUUUGCUCCGCGACUUUCUGCUCUUUGCUCCGCGACUUUCUGCUCUUUGCUCCGCGACUUUCUGCUCUUUGCUCCGCGACUUUCUGCUCUUUGCUCCGCGACUUUCUGCUCUUUGCUCCGCGACUUUCUGCUCUUUGCUCCGCGACUUUCUGCUCUUUGCUCCGCGACUUUCUGCUCUUUGCUCCGCGACUUUCUGCUCUUUGCUCCGCGACUUUCUGCUCUUUGCUCCGCGACUUUCUGCUCUUUGCUCCGCGACUUUCUGCUCUUUGCUCCGCGACUUUCUGCUCUUUGCUCCGCGACUUUCUGCUCUUUGCUCCGCGACUUUCUGCUCUUUGCUCCGCGACUUUCUGCUCUUUGCUCCGCGACUUUCUGCUCUUUGCUCCGCGACUUUCUGCUCUUUGCUCCGCGACUUUCUGCUCUUUGCUCCGCGACUUUCUGCUCUUUGCUCCGCGACUUUCUGCUCUUUGCUCCGCGACUUUCUGCUCUUUGCUCCGCGACUUUCUGCUCUUUGCUCCGCGACUUUCUGCUCUUUGCUCCGCGACUUUCUGCUCUUUGCUCCGCGACUUUCUGCUCUUUGCUCCGCGACUUUCUGCUCUUUGCUCCGCGACUUUCUGCUCUUUGCUCCGCGACUUUCUGCUCUUUGCUCCGCGACUUUCUGCUCUUUGCUCCGCGACUUUCUGCUCUUUGCUCCGCGACUUUCUGCUCUUUGCUCCGCGACUUUCUGCUCUUUGCUCCGCGACUUUCUGCUCUUUGCUCCGCGACUUUCUGCUCUUCUUCGAUGAUGAUGAUGAUGCUGUUUCUUCUCUCCCCCUCUCCCCAAUUCUCAGUAUUAACACCACCAUUUUCUCCUCUUAACCUUCCUGUUGUAUUAUGCGUCUUAUUUAAUCAUUUUAAACAGCUUCUGAGAUUUACGUAUGUGUGUUGUUUUUUUUUUAUGGUGGAAAUUUGUGUACUUUAAGAAAUAUGUUAAUGUUGGAUAAAAUCUAAAUUUUCCUGUUUCUUGGUUCUGAUGGCUUCCAUCCCUGUUGCCAGAAUAGUGAUCUCAGUGUAAUUCUGAUUUUUCACUGCAGUUUCCUCAAAACUAAAAUAUCAAGUUGACAUUGCAUGAAUAAAUCGUGACGUCACAGGUACAUCUAAUUGUACGCUGUGGAAUUUCGUUUCCAGUUGACUACAUGACUUCAUGUUGUAAAAAAAAAUUUUUAGUUAUUAUCAGUUUUGUGGAGUAGCCGAAUUAUUUAAGUGUGAGUGCACGAGUGUGGUGUGAACAGAGAGCUUUAAUUGUGAGAAAACCUUCCAUGUAAUUUUCAUGAACAUGUUUAUGAGAAGUUAGUUGCUGUUGAGAGGUAACAAAGUGUGGAAGUUAGAACCGUAUGAGUACUUUGUACCUGUGAUAGUCGCAAUUGAGGUGUUAUGAUGCAUGUUUUGUCUGCAUUUUGUCUUACAAUGUAUUAAAUUGUUAUGUGUGUACAAGACACGGUUGAUUUGUGAUGUUAUAAUUUAGGGUUAUUUAUAUUUAUUCGUGUCACUGUUGUGUCUGCUUGUAUUUGAUUUACAAACGAAACAUCUUUCUAUGCUAAUGGUGGAAAAAAAAGCAGUGACCUGUGACUGCAAAUCAGCGUCAUGCGAUAAAAUAAAUUAGUCCACUGCAUAGAUAUUGUGCUGACAAGAGGGACAGAAAUUGGUUAAGCUCCUUUUCCUCUUUAUAUAUUGCAUUUAAAUCUGUCUCAUUAUUUUCUUUGUAGAAGUAUUAUUGUACUUUUUUCAGAAAGUGACAGGUAAAUAAAGAUUAUGAGGUGUGAACAUU